CAGACACAGAACAAGACCUGAAGCCACGCGCACCAGCCUCGUGUCCCCCAGCCUGCAAAACCCUUCAGGUUCCCUCGCCCAGACAAGUCUCGCACUGCCUUCGCUUGCCGCCAGCCACCAGCACUCCUGCAUCUUCCUCGCUUCCCUAUCCGCCAUUCGACAUCGAGCAGAGACGCCAUCGACAGCCUCGUCUCCCCGAGAUCCCCCCCCAGCGUCUCGCGAGCCCCAGACUCAGGCCUGGAGUCCAGCCGCCGGGCGGUUUCCCGACACCACGCCAUGACGCCCUCGCCCUCUCAGAGUCAGGGCCUCGAGCCGCGGCGGCCGAGGAGCGCCCACACGCAGACCGUGUCGGUCAACAUUGCCGAGAGCACCACCGCCGGCACGCCGCCUGCCCGCCGCUUCCAGCUGCACGUCAGCGAGUGCGUCGAGACCAAGACCGUCACCACCACCACCCGCCUGACCAGGAAGUUUCCCCAGGUCUUUAUCCGCGACCCCGCCCCUCUGGAGAGCCUCGACACCAAGGAGUAUCCCCUGGCCAUGAAGCCCACGCCACCCGAGCUGGCCGACUUUUCCUACAGUUAUGACGGCGCCGACGACGAGGACGACGACGCUGACGCCGGAGAUCUGGGCGAUGCUGACGAGGGCCCUGACAGUCAACUGGUCAGAAGAGGUCAGGCCUCCAGUCCAGCCGUCAUCAAGCAGGAAGCUACAUCCAGCCAGGUGCAGACACCCGAGCCCUUGAGCCGCAUACCGUCUGCGUCCUCGCCCGAGCCCUUCUCUCGCCGGAGCCACCGAUUAGCCGCAGCAGAGUCCCCCAGCACGGCUGCCACGAGAUCCUCUCAACGCCUCGCCCGUUCCUCGAAUCUGCAGGCCGUAAAUAGCAGGCUGCGACGCUCUCUCAUCCAGGGCAGCAGCGCCGCUGGCAGCAGCAGCAACACCACUGAGAGCAGCACUGGAACGCUGCGUCUUGACACUGGCGACAGAACAGCCAGAAAUGCCUCGAUUGGCGUCCUCGCCACGCCCGACGUUACCGACAUGGUCGAGCCGAUCCCGGGCCGGUCGCUGCAGAGGCGGCCCCUGCACCGCGAAUACUCGCCCAACUCGCAGGGCUUGCUUCGCGGCCGUUCCAAAUCUCCUCUGUACGAGGCGUCGAGCCCCGCCGGUAGCGAUGCACACACCUUCAGUA